CGCACUGCCUUGUUGUUCUUGCGCAGCCCGCUUGAACACUAGGCAGAUCUUUCUCUUUCUCUUCUCUCCGUCACUCGCUGUUAAUGGUGCGCAGACCACGAACCCGUCUCUACCGAGCAAUUUGACGGCGCCUCCUCUCAAACUUAACCUCCACCGUGAUCUGAAGCUUGUGGGUUUAGGUGACAAAUCAUUAGCUUUAAAUCCUAACUCAUCUGAAUGAAGUGUUGUGCAAAUUAAGAGUAUUAGUGUAGUCAAACCACAGUUUGUACUUGAUGAAUAAUGCUUCAGCAUCCAGUAGUUUAAGAGCAGCUUUCUCACACUGUGUGCAGCAAGUCCGAAAUUAUGAUUACCAUCACUACCUUUGCCUCCUUGAACUCCCCCAUAACAUGCGGAAGGCUGCAUUUGCAGUCCGUGCCUUGAAUGUUGAAACAGCUCGUGCAAUGGAUGUUGCUUCUGAUCCCAGGAUUGGUCUCAUGCGUCUUGUCUGGUGGCAAGAAGCCAUAGACAAAAUCUAUGCCAACAAGUCGAUUGAGCACCCAACAGCACUAGCCCUCUUGUCAGUCGUCCAUGAGAACAAAAUUAGCAAGGGAUGGUUGAAACGGUCUGUAGAAGCUCGCAUCAAUGAUGCAAGAAAGGAGAUUGGUGAUGCCCCAGAAAAAAUUGAAGACUUGGAAAAAUAUGCUGAAGACACCAUGUCAACUAAUCUUUACAUGACACUACAAGCUGGUGGUAUCAGGUCCACGGCAGCCGAUCAUGCAGCAUCACAUAUUGGAAAAGCAAGUGGGCUUCUUCUGCUAAUUAAGUCACUGCCAUACCAUGCUAACCGGAACCGCCACUUUUCUUAUAUCCCAACUGAAGUGGCAGCCAAGCAUGGAUUGUUGGUAAAACACGGCGGUCAAGCAGAGAUCCUUUUAGACUCUCGUGAGAGCUUAAGUGAAGCUGUUUUUGAGAUGGCAUCAGUGGCUAAUGUCCAUUUGCAGAAGGCUCGUGAUUUAGCCGGUACAGUACCUGCAGAAGCUCAUCCUGUGCUGCUGCCAGCAGUGCCUGCCCAAGUUCUACUGGACUCCCUGAGGCGGGUGAAUUUUGAUGUUUUUGACCCAAGGUUAGCACGAGGGAUCCUAGGGCUUCAGGGCUUCACACUUCACACUGCCUCCAAUGCCAAACAUCAACCCACCUGUACAAUCCACACCACCUUUGGUCCCACCAGACUCAUUUCCUGCCAUACGUGUCAACCUCUAGUCUCGUUAUGCAUGGCACCUCCCACGACACCACUCACCACCCAUCACUUUUAUACUCUCUCUCUCUAUCACCACCCUUCAACUCCACUCAGCUCUCCCCCUCUUCUUUCUCUUCCUCUGCCCACAGUUUCCUUAGAACUCUGGGUUUUCUUGAACCCGGCCUGUUGCUCACUCUUCAUGGCGGUCCGUCUGUCUAAGCUGCUGGUUCUCUUUGUAGCACUGGUUAUACAAACCACUGUAGGAGGAGGAGGUCGAGCCGCCGCUAGGCUCGACUUCUGGGACUCUGCAAUCCGGUUGCCUUCGGAGAAGGAUAAGACCGAAGGUACUGAUAAACAAUCCGGGACAACAUGGGCGGUUCUCGUAGCAGGUUCAAAGGGUUAUGGAAAUUACAGGCAUCAGGCGGAUGUUUGUCACGCAUAUCAGAUACUGAGAAAAGGAGGGCUGAAGGAGGAGAACAUAGUGGUGUUCAUGUAUGAUGACAUCGCCAUGCAUGAGAUGAAUCCCAGGAAAGGCAUCAUCAUCAACCAUCCACAAGGUCAUGAUGUUUAUGCCGGCGUCCCAAAGGAUUACACCGGCGCGCAUGUAACUGCUGCGAACCUGUAUGCAGUACUUCUUGGGGACAAGAAGGCUGUGAAAGGUGGAAGUGGGAAGGUUGUGGCUAGCAAACCUAAUGACAGGAUCUUCUUAUUCUACUCGGAUCAUGGUGGUCCUGGUGUUCUUGGAAUGCCAAAUAUGCCUUUUCUGUAUGCAAUGGAUUUCAUUAAGGUUUUGAAGAAGAAACAUGCAUCUGGGAGCUACAAAGAGAUGGUUAUAUAUGUAGAAGCAUGUGAGAGUGGGAGCGUUUUUGAAGGAAUAAUGCCAAGUGACCUUAACAUUUACGUGACUACAGCAUCAAAUGCACAGGAAAACAGCUUUGGGACUUACUGUCCUGGGAUGAACCCUCCACCACCACCUGAAUACAUCACUUGCUUAGGGGAUUUGUACAGUGUUGCUUGGAUGGAGGACAGUGAGAUACACAAUCUGAAGAAAGAAACAUUAAAACAACAAUACCUGACGGUAAAGAAACGGACUUCGAAUUUUAAUAACUACAAUAUUGGAUCUCAUGUGAUGCAAUAUGGAAAUAAAAAUCUCACAGAAGAGAAGCUCUACUUGUACCUUGGUUUUGAUCCUGCCUCUGCUAACUUCCCUCCAAACAAUGGUCAACUAGAACAGCACAUGGAAGUUGUCAACCAGAGAGAUGCAGAGAUUUUCUUCAUGUGGCAAUUGUACAAAAGAUCAGAACACGGGUCAGAAAAGAAGAGGAAAAUCCUGAAACAGAUUAGAGAAAUUAUGAAGCACAGGAAUCACAUAGAUGGAAGCAUAAAAUUCAUAGGGACAUUUCUCUAUGGACCUGAGAACCGUGCUACACUGCUCAAUUUCGUCAGACCACUUGGUCUGCCUCUUGUGGAUGACUGGGAAUGCUUAAAAUCCAUGGUGCGAGUGUUUGAAACACAUUGUGGGUCACUGACUCAGUAUGGCAUGAAACACAUGCGUGCAUUUGCCAACAUCUGCAACAGUGGUGUAUCUCAAGCCCAAAUGGAGGAAGCAUCUUGGGCUGCUUGUGAUGGUCAUGAUCUGGGCCGACUGCAUCCUUCAAACAAAGGCUAUAGUGCUUGAAAUAAAUGUUGGAAAUUUUGAAAGCUUUGUAGUAGGUUAUGGACGGCACAUCGUUUAUAUUUCUAUUGCAGAAGGUAAUAUAGAUAUGUCAAAAAUAAUAUCCAUGUGAAUAUAUAUAACAUAUAUAAAAAAGUAAUGUGUUUUCAGCA